GCCCGCCGCCGUGCGGUUCAGUUCGUCCAAGAUGGCGACGCCCAGUGAGCUGUCUCUCGAGGAGAUUCGCAACUACCUGCUGGAAAACGGGGGCACGGCGCGCAAUCACGACCUGGUGAAGCAUUUCAAGCGGUUUCUCACGGACCCGGAAACGCGAGUCGAGGCAAGGAAUCGUUUCAAGGAGUACGUCAACACCCUGGCUACCAUAAAGAACGAGGAGGGUGAAAAGUACUUGGUCCUCAAGAAGAAAUACCGGCAGCCCUUCUUAGACCUUUCGCCCCCGAAGCAAGUGGGAUCCCCCCUCGCCACCUCCGAUUUAGCCACUCCAGUUUCUCCUUUACGCGAGCCACCACCUUACCGGCCGCCACCCCCCGCGCCCCUCAGCCCGUCCUCGAGUAUUUCUUCGGGUAAUUCUCACGUGAACCUCGAAGAGAGCGCGUCGUCGAUUUCUAUACGCGUGAAAAAUGACGAUUUGGAGUCCAGCGCGUCGGCGGUGUCGUCGCCGCCUGUUCCGCCGCGUCGCAAGAGUCAGGACAAACUCAAGGUGGAGAACAAGGAGAACGUCGACAGAAACAGGAACGGCAUCCCGGAAGCUGUCAUAAAGGAAGACGAAGCGGUAACGACGACAAAUGCUCCCUCCUCGGCUGAGCAACUCAGCGUUCGUGAACGGAUGCAACGCUUCAAUCGAAUGGCCAGCGAGACCGAUCUUCAUGCGCGGCCUAACGACACCACGACUGUUCCUCUUAGAAAACGAGCGGAUAAGGGCGCCGACGAGGAUGACAGCGCUUCCGUUGCCUCGCAACUGGAUGGAAAAUCGCGGGAGUGGCUGGUCAGGGCGGCACAGGGGGACUACCAGGCGCUGGCGAAGCUCGCAGCCGAGGAACCUCGUCUCACCAGGCUCAAGGAUCCGACUUCCGGCUAUACGGCUUUACACUGGGGCGCGAAACACGGCGACGAAAACAUCAUUAAAUUAAUAGCGGGUACCUACAAAGACUGCAUCAAGAGCGUCAAUGAGACUACGAAUGGGGGCUACACGCCGCUGCAUAUCGCUAUGCAAUUCGGCCACGAAAACAUAUUCAAUCUCCUGGUUCAAGUAUACGGUGCAAAUCAGGAUUUACGUGAUCACAGCGGUAGGAAGGCCAGGCAAUACCUGGCCUCACAAGAGGCGGCAGUCAGCCAGGACACGUUCCACAAAAUAAAAGCAAGGAAAAAGCAUGCAGAGAAAGAUCUUGGUUUCCUACGAAUUGGCUCAUUGAACGUUCGCGUGAAACGUACGACGGAAGCUUUCAGCCAAUUCUUGGGUGUGGCAACCAGCAGCACCACUAGCAACAACAACGAGAAGAUACAUAAAUCAUGGGGAUCUGCAGAUAACGUUCAGCUGGAACAGAAGCUGAUGCCACCGCCGAAGUAUGCGCCCAUCAAGAAACGUAAGAGCAGGCGGCCGCAGGACUUCAGUUCGUCGCAGGAGCAGCAGCAGGUUGCCAGUCAGCCGACUACUCCGUUGCUGCAGAGCAAGAUAAGACCGAAUCGGGCCAUUCAACGUCGACCGACGUCCACGACAUCGGUCAGCACCAGCUCCAUCACACCCGGUGGCGUUCAGCAAAACGGUGAUUCCGACUCCGACACAGCGUGCGGUUUCGAUUCGGCAUGGCGAGGAUCGGCCCAGCUGUAACUAGUCCACUUUGUUAUUUUUAGCAUUGUUAUUUAUGCUUAUUCGACUGCACACAUAGAAAAGCUUCGAUUCCGAAAAGAAACCAGGAAUCGACAAUACCUCUGUCAAUUCUUUCAAAAUGGCGACGGAAGCGAGAUUCUCCAAGAUUCUCGCAACAAUUGCGCCUACGUUAAUAAUUUUUUUCAUACAUGAAACUUUCAGAUUAUUUUAUUUUGCAGAAUUUAAUGUUUUUAAUAUAAUAUACAGAAAAUUUGACAAUAAAGAUUGCAAAAAUCUCAAAUAUGGUUCUCUCAGUAAAAUUUUAUUACACGAUUCAACUUUUAUUUUUCUUUAAUAAGUUUAUAUUAAUUAAUUGUGUUUUUGUAUUUAAAUAAAUUAUUGUAUUAUACUUAUAUUCGGUAUCGUAUGUGUGAUACUGUCACUCUUUCUAUUUUAGUCGAAAUGCGCAUGUUUGACUUCAAAUACAUUUUGUAUAUAAAAUUAAACGCAUAUAUUUUUUGUGUAUUUCUAUUUAUAUACAGAUAUAUAUUUUACAAACUACAGAGCGUAAUUAAAAAUGUCUAAUAUUGCAUUUAUCUAAGUAUAAAUUACGAAGCAAAUUUUUAAUUUAUAGGAUGAAUUCUUUAUACGUCUCAGGAUAUAUACACAGUUUUUGACUUUGCGUUCAUAUCAUAUAUAUUAUACUGUCUCUAUCUCAACAUACUUUAUGUAAAAUCUUUAGACAAUUCAGUACUCAUUAUAUGAUAAUCAACGCUCAAAAAUUAUUUUACUAGUGCAAGAAAUUCUUUUGUGUAUAUAUAGUAAUAAAUGUUAAUCAUUGUAUUAUUACAAAGUAUACAAAGUUACAAUUAUUAUUUACAUCGUACUUUGUAUAAUUUAAGCAAUAAACAUCACAUUUGAGAUUA